CGCAUUUCUCCCAGUUCUCGCGAGAUCGCUAAGACUCGCGGAGCGCUGUCCGGCACUUGCAGCAACGGCAGUGGCAGCUUCGGGAACAAGAACCAUGGGAAGCAGGGUAGCGGAAGAGAAGAUCCGGAUGGGUGGUACGUGCGGUGGCGGUCCAGCUGGGGCUGUCUGAAUCGGAUCCAGUGUUCGCUAAAGAAGCGGGUACUCUCUGCGCGGAUAUGGAUGCGAAGCGAAAGGAACCGCGCAAGUCGUUGAGGAUCAAAGUCAUCUCCAUGGGCAACGCAGAGGUUGGCAAGAGCUGUAUUAUAAAAAGAUACUGUGAAAAGAGAUUUGUGCCUAAGUACCUCGCAACAAUUGGCAUUGAUUAUGGCGUCACCAAAGUGCAGGUCCGGGACAGAGAAAUUAAAGUGAACAUCUUUGACAUGGCUGGGCAUGCCUUCUUCUAUGAGGUGCGCAAUGAAUUUUAUAAAGACACCCAAGGUGUGAUCCUAGUGUAUGACGUUGGGCAGAAGGAGUCAUUUGAUUCCCUUGAUUCAUGGCUUGCUGAGAUGAAGCAGGAGCUUGGGCCACAUGGAAACAUGGAAAACAUUGUGUUUGUGGUUUGUGCCAACAAGAUUGAUUGUGCCAAGCUCCGUUGUGUUGAUGAGAGUGAAGGGAGACUGUGGGCGGAAAGCAGGGGCUUUCUUUAUUUUGAGACCUCAGCACAGACUGGAGAGGGAAUCAAUGAGAUGUUCCAGACCUUCUACUCCGCUAUUGUGGAUUUGUGUGACAAUGGUGGAAAGCGCCCCACGUCCAGCAUGAGCAUCAGUUUCACCAAAGAGCAAGCAGACACCAUCCGGAGGAUCCGCAGUAGCAAGGACAGCUGGGACAUGUUGGGUGUCAAGCCAGGGGCUACAAGGGAUGAGGUGAACAAGGCCUAUCGGAAGCUGGCAGUGCUGCUCCAUCCGGAUAAAUGCAUGGCCCCGGGCAGUGAGGAUGCCUUCAAAGCUGUUGUCAAUGCACGGACUGCUUUGCUCAAAAACAUCAAGUAAAAAGGGGAAAGUAGGGGAAGAGGCUUCCCCAAGUGCCGAUGAUGAUCAACGCCCUCCAGAGAAGAUUACCCUCUUCCUGCUGAUCUUCCUGUACAAACAACAAGGGUUGACUCCUGUGCGUACACAGAGAGUGAGGAAUGGGUAGGGGCAGUUCCCCUCACUGUGUGCAUCUCAAUCAUCCAAAACUGUU